AUGCGCCGGACGUGGCUGCUGUGCGGGCGGGUGACGCCACUCUCGCAGCCCGCCAUCACGCAAGCGCUGCAGUCCACCGCGGGAUGGCGCAUGGAGGGCAACUUCAACAAGGGCGCGAUCUGCCAUGAUUUUGAGUUCCAGAACUUUAGGCAGGCGAUGACCUUCAUGAAUGCGGUUGCCGCCGAUUGCGAGGCGGCGGGGCACCACCCAAGCUGGACGAACACGUACAACAAGCUCCAUGUGCGGCUCACGACGCACGACGCCGGGGACCGUGUCACGCAGAAAGAUAUUGACCUGGCUCGGCGGAUGAAUGAAGUGUUUGUGAAAAUGUCAUCUCCCCCGCAGUGA